AAAAAAAAAAAGAGCCCACGCCUAAGCCCACGCUUCAGCGCUCACGCCCUGCUGGUGCCAAAAAUACACCUACCCGCACACGGUCUCUUUCACCGCCCACCAACAUCACUGACUCCCUCAAAAAGAUCGUUUUAUUUCGCGCGCCCCCAACCUCUUCCCUCUUGCGCUCCUCCUUCAUCUUCACCUUCCAUCUUGGAUAUUCAUCUUGCCUUUUUCUGAUUGCCCUUUACCCUUCUUGGCUUUCUCUUCUCUGCCACUACGACUUGUUUCUUAUUUACUUCCUCCUCCUCCUCCUCACACUCACACACACACACACACAUUCACAACUGCCUGUAAUGGCUUCAACAUACCCCAUGCAACCAUUUUAUCGCAACCCUCUGACCGUGGACACAACCCAUGCGCAGAAGCUCUUCGAAGAGGAAGACAACAGCGUCCUAGACGACAACAUUCUUGACCACAGCGGCAUCGACUCCGGACUCGAGCUAUCUCCUCCCAUGGCCGACAGCCGCCGAGAGUCCUUCGCCGUUGGCGGACCCCCGCUCUUCUCUCCCAAGACGGAAGACUGGCAGUCAGUCGACAUGCAAUCAGUUCCCUCCAACAACCCCUUCAUGGACCACCACAGCAACAACCCCUUCAUCCGCCUCGACCAGAAUCAGACCAACUUCGCCGCCCCGGCGAGCAACUGGUCGCUCGCCUCCGGCUCAUGCACCCCACUUCAGCCCUUUGACAACGUUCCCGCCGAGUAUGACACCAAUGCUUCCAUCUUCCAGAGGCCCAUGCAAGGCCAGACGCCUUUCUCCAACCCUGGCAACAUGUUCUCCUCUCUCCCCGGUGGCAACCAGUCCAUCCCCGCCUCUCCUCACAAGGACUGGAUGAGUCCCAACCAGCAGGCGGCUCUCGGCAACAAGAAGAUGCGCCCUAGCAGCCCCGCCAUCCGCUCUCACAACGACAUGCGCCGAGGAGACGGUAUCCGCAAGAAGAACGCCCGCUUCGACAUCCCCGCUGAGCGUAAUCUGAGCAACAUUGACCAGCUCAUUGCCCAGUCGACAGAUGAACAAGAGAUCAAGGAGCUCAAGCAGCAGAAGCGCCUGCUACGCAACCGACAAGCAGCCCUUGACUCGAGACAACGCAAGAAGCAACACACUGAGCGUCUAGAGGAUGAGAAGAAGCAGUUCACCGUCAUCAUCGGCGACAUGGAGGAAGAGAUGGCCGAGCUCCGAGCCAAGCUUGAGCAGGUCCUCAUCGAGAAGCAGUCUUACACUAACUACAUUGAGAAUCUCAACCUUGAGAAGGAGGAGAUGAUCCGAUCUCACACCAUCGAGACGGGCGAGCUCAGGAAGAAGGUUGGUGUUCUCACCGAUCAUGUCCAACGCCUCGAGAGCAACGCUGUUCCCUCGGCCAACCCUGGAGCCAACGGCUUCCCCGGUGCCUACGACAACAUGGACGACAUGGGCAUGACCAGUGCUUGGGACACAUCCAACUUCCUCAACGAGUAUCCCGUUGAGCCCGAGGUCAAGCAGGAGAUGGCCAUGGUCCCCACCAAGAAGGUUGAGAACAACCCCUUCAGCACCGACGGCGAGAAGCCCGCUGCUCAAGGUGGCCUCCUCUUCAUGCUCUUCCUUGUCGGAGCCUUUGUCCUGUCUAGCCGCUCGACACCCGCCAUCCCUCGUGUCUCUGAGGAUGUCAGGGUUGCUUCGGCCACUCUGCUGGACAACGUUCUCAAGGAGGCCGGUGUCCACUCACAGUCCGCUAGCCUUCAGGCUGCUCCUCCUCAAGCCUCCGGCCCUGUCAACUGGGGUAAUCCCAUGAACGAUAUUGUCAUGGAGGGUGUUGCCCCAUCGAUGCUCUCUGAGCUCGGCGACGUCCUUACUCAGCCGUCCCAGGAGCAGACCAACGAGCAGAUCUUCUCCCUCUCGGCUGCACAAUAUAACGGUGUCAGCUCUCAGGAGUUCCUCCAGAACGCUCCCGACCGAUCAACGACCAGCCAGGGUCGGCGCAACCUAGCAGAUGCCCUCACAGCUAUGCGAUCUACAAACAAACAGAACGGCGCCGCCGAUGUGUAUACACGCUCUCUCCUGUGGGACCAGAUCCCCAACGAGGUUGUUCGAAACUUUGCGAAAAUGGUGGCCGACUGCAACAGUGCACAGAAUGAGCAGCAAUGCAACGACGCAAGAGCAUGAUGAUAAGAUGCAAAAAAAAAUGUCACGAUGAUGAGUCUCACGGCUAUUUUUAAUGGUUGUCUUUUGUUUUAUUUUAUUUUCCUUGAGUCGGCUUUCUUAUUUCCUACCUUUUCCUGGGGGAUGAGCCGCCAUACACUCGACGUCGCUCUCGCGCACUCCAGACCUGUUGCUCACGCACCCAAACGGACGGUUUGUUCUCUUUGUCGUUUUCCUUCUGGAUUUCUACCUUGGGGUCUCUUUUGAUUUCCUUACGGAUCUAGCAAGCGAGCGAGCAUUGCUUUGUGUGAUUUCAAAUUUGGAAUUUCCUGUCUCGAAUACCUCUUUCGGUUUCUACCUGUUGUUUUCUGGGUUACGGCGAACUUGGGGCGGGCGGAGGCAGUUGACGGCGGCGGCAGCGGAUGCAGCACAG